CCUCAGAGCAGGUUUGUUGAAAUGUUGAUGAUGAAGGAUGAGUUUAGUCAAUUAGGUCUGCCUCUAAAUGUACUCUAUUCAUUGUAGGAAGAGAGGUAGUCAAACAGGUUUAGUUACAGAUGUAGGUCAUUCACACAGGGAAAGAGAGUGGAAGAGAAGCAAGGAGGGAUUGAAAGAGAGAAGGUAUUGUAAAGAGAGAGGGAUUGAAAGAGAGAUGGUAUUGUUCAGCCAAUCGCUGCAGGCCAUCUCAUUGUGUGCAGACUAUGUGAGUCCCCUGUGUGUUCAACAGUUGAGUCUAAUAUUAUAUCAUCCCUCUCCUGUGUGUGUAUGUAUUGUAUGUGUGUGUGUGUGUGUCUGUCUGUCUGUCUGUCUGUCUGUCUGUCUGUCUGUCUGUCUGUCUGUCUGUCUGUCUGUCUGUCUGUCUGUCUGUCUGUCUGUCUGUCUGUCUGUCUGUCUGUCUGUGCCUGAGUGAGUGAGCGAGUGAGUGAGGGAGGGAGUGAGUGUAUACGUUUGUAUACGUCUAUCUCUGUGUGUGUUAUGGGUGUGUCCAUGUGACGCAGGCACACAGAGGGGUUGGCCCUACCUAAUGACGGCUCCAGGUGUGUUUGUGUGUUAAGUCCGAGAGCCAGACUAACUGAAAGACAAAGACAAACAAUCCCUCGGUCAUUGAAAGACGACAGUCAAGGAGGAAAUAGGAAACUAAAAAGGCAGAUGAAAGAAAGUGGACAAGAUGGUGUUUGUAGCUUUCUUCUGAAGUUCUCAAAGAAGCUAAAGGAUUGUAGCCUGUCUGGACUUGUCGAGACAAAGGGGGAGACUUCCCCCAUGAAGACAACUUGGUACUGUCCUCUGGACUUGUCUACUGUGUUGGAGGAGGAAGAGGACGGAGUGAUAUACAAUGUAGUGGUGAAGCAACAGCGUAGCGCCCCCACCAGUGCAACAUCCAGCUCUCGUUCACAGUGUGUGAAAGCGGGAACCGAGGAGAAGCUGGUUCAGCACCUCCUCCACUCCUUCGCCAUGGGAGACUCCUCCUUCAUCACCAUCUUCCUCGCCACCUAUCGCUCCUUUACCUCAACCAAGAGAGUGCUGGAUAUCCUCAUCGACAGAUUGCAACAUCCACCAGGAGAAAGUACAAAGAGUCAAAUGAGGCAACCCUUCAACAGAGCGGUGUGUAUGGUGUUCAGUAUGUGGUUGUCAGAGUAUCCUGAGGACUUCCGCUUUCUGGGAGAGCCUGGUCUUCUGCUCCGCCUGGCCCCCCUGCUGCCCUCCGACCCCUCUGGGACAGAGAUCAGGGGUCGCCUCCUCAAACUGGCACAGGAGCUCAGUGAACAGGCCCUACUGCCUGACUCUAGUUCAGAUAGGACCACCCCCAGCCCUGCCGACCCCACUAAGUUUGAUCCCACCAAUAUCCUGGGCUUCCCCGCUGGGCUGAUUGCUGAGCAGCUCACCAAGAUAGAAACGGAACUGUUUGUGCGUCUGGUCCCGUACCACUGCCUGGGCUCCCUGUGGUCUCAGAGGGACAAGAAAGGCCGCGAGGGUGUAUGUUGGUCCGUCCGGGCCACUGUACGCCAGUUCAACCGGCUGGCCAAUGCCGUGAUGGCUUCGUGCCUGUGGCCCACGCAGCUCCGCAGCCAGCAGAGAGCCUGCCUCCUGGAGAAAUGGAUCAGCGUGGCAGAGGAAUGCAGAGCCCGGAAAAACCUUUCGUCUCUCUACGCCAUCGUGUCUGCCCUGCAGAGUAACCCAGUACACAGACUAAGGAGGACGUGGCUAGAAACUGACAGGGAAGCAGUGAGGAGGUACGAGGAGCUGUCCAACAUUUUCUCUGAGAAGGACAACUACUCCCAGAGCAGGGAGCUGCUGAAAGAGGAGGGCACUUCGAAGUUCGCCAACCUGGACGGCAAGAUGAACAACAGGAAACAGAUAGGAUCCAGUGCCCAGGGCACAGUACCCUACCUGGGGAUCUUCCUCACAGACCUCACCAUGCUGGACACGGCCGUCAAAGACAGACUGGAGAACGGCUACGUCAACUUUGACAAGAGGAGACGAGAGUUUGAGGUUUUAGCUCAGAUCCGACUACUGCAGUCCUCCUGUAAAAACUGUGUUUUCCUCCCCGACGAGGCAUUCCUACAGUGGUACCAAAGUGUACCCUCGUUAAAUGAAGAAGAAAGUUACAGACUGUCCAAUGAAAUUGAGGUGCCGUGCGAACCGAGCUCUGGUCGUAACCUGAACCCUACAGUGAUCAUCACACGGUGCCCAAACCUGAAUUCCUCCAGGACCAGCCUUGUUGCUGACAGUGACGGUCUUUUUUACUUCCCCUCCCCCGUCUGUCACUUUCUUUCCAAAUUCACUAAGCAUAUGAAAUCCCCCUCAGUUUCCUGUCUGGAUGUUGACUCCUCCCAUCCCACCAAUGACCCCAUCCCGUCUGCAUUGACACCAUCCACUCCCGUCAAAUCACAUCGUCGAUCAGUCUCCUGUGGCAACAAUCCCACCAAUAACAACAAAGGGUCUGGGCCUGAUAUGCGGAUCGUCAGGAUACGGAUGGAUUUACAAGAUGGGAAUAUGUACAGAAGCAUACUGGUGACAAACAAUGACAAGACGCCCACUGUGAUCAGUUCUGCCUUAGAUAAACACAGUCAGGACCCCAAACAGGCAUCCAGAUAUGAGCUCAUCCAACUAUUGCCCGAGGGAAAGGAGUUGGUCAUCCCUGCCACAGGAAACGUCUUCUAUGCCAUGACUUCCUCUAGUGUGGACUUCCUGCUGCGCAGACAAGGAGGCAACACCCCUUUUCGCUCUCAACCAAUCAGCACAGAAACCAGUGCCACCUUUCCUCGAAUCAAAGCCAAGGGGCGGAGACUGUUUUUUUGACAACAACUCUUUCCCAAAUAGGCUACAUCUGAGACAUAAUGUAGCUAGUUCUUCUCAAGGACAGGUCACGAUAAGAAUGCAGGCAGAUAUCUCAGUGAGAUGUGGCCUUGUCUUUCCUAAUCUUUUUCCGAAGUGGAAACACAUUCUGACCGAGCUUGUUCAAGCAAAAUGUAUCCUGAAACCUGUCUGAACUUGUUUGAUGAACGUGUUCUUACCUGGGACAUUUCAAUAAAUAUGCUGCCCGUUUGUGUAUACCUGGGAGGCCAUUAGUGUAGAAGGGUGCAUGUCUCUGGUUGGCAAUGCAUACUACUGCACCGAGAACAAGACCAAUGCAAAUCUUUAACUGAUGGUGAAUGGUGCUGUUCCUUAAGUCUCUCUGACCAUUGGCAUCUAAUUUCCUAUUUAACCAAAUGGAAUGGCCUUGUAACCAAGAGUAACUGAGGAAUCCAAAUCAUCUUGGUAUUUAAGGAAUGUGCCUCAGGUUCCAUCAUAGAGAUGAGUUGAUAGUAGAGAACGUCAUUAAAUCAAAGUAUUUGGGGGAUAUGACCUCCUAGAAUUGACCAUGACAACAAAGUUGAACAUUUCUCCAUAGAGAGUGGAUACAAGCGGCAUGACGACAUAUUACGUAUGCAAGGCGUUUCAAGAAUAUGAAUGGUGGGGAGAGCACUGGGCUGACAUAAUGACAUAAUGCAUCUGAAUAAGUGACAGACAGAGUCACUGAAACCUCUCCUUAUAGCAAAGCACAGGGGCUCAUCAAAAUGAUUUAACUAUGUACUUUGUAUGUAUACAUAUGUUUUUUUUUUUUUAUGUGUUGACGAUGUCAUGAUUGUGUUUAUAAUUUCACAAGGAGCAAUCACAACAAGUGUCAGAAUGACAUGUUAUUCAUUUUGAAGUAACAGGAAAUAUGAAAUUGCCCCAAAUUGCAACCAUUUCAAAUGGGCACAACACGUUACAAAGAUAAACACGAUCAUUUCACUUGGGAUUUGUGCAUACAGUUUGAAUGAUAGCUCCGGUAGUAUCUUAUGUAAAAUACAACACAUUUACAUAUACAGCCUUGCCACUCCCAUACAGAAGUCAUAUUUUGAGUAUUAACCAUUAGGCAUAACAACAUCAACCCACAAACUCUUAACCUAAACAAUUCAUGUGAAGACACUAAUGAAAGUCCAGACUAUGUUGUGCGUAUUGAAAAGAUGUCUACCAAUGCACCUUAAUGCUAAACUUUUCAAUACAGCAUAAGCUAAUCUUUAUCAAUGGUCUCUGAAUGGGUUUAGUUGGUAGUUGAAGUGGUAGUCUGUCUGAAUGUACUUCAACCAGUCCACCCAAAGUCAGUCCUCAAAGACCCACGCCAGGUUAGUGAGUUAUUCUCACCAAUCACUGAAUGAUGUUUAAUUGAUAUCUUCUCUGACGUUUGAUAGAGAUCUGACAGCUAUUAAGGGUUCAUUAUGCAAUGUCUUUAGUCCAGGAACUGAAUGUAGCGGGUUUUGCAGAAGGCUCUGCUUCUAUCCAAUGAGGAUGAGACCAGUAGGAAGGAAAACCUGUAUGCAUAAGGGUGCAUGGGGAACAGAUUGUGGAAGGCCCUAACUGAUGAACUCUUGUGAACUCUGGCCACACUACCCAGUGCUGUUGAAGUCUCUACUAAGGCUGAAGCAUAGACACGGUAGUUCCAGGGAGAGGAGAGAGGAUUCUGGGUAACGUAAUUUGAUUUAAGUGUUAGCACCAGGCUAAGCUACUGAUUGUUUAGUGCCUUUCUCGCAUUGGUGCUUGAGCCACUUAAUGUCCCAAAUGGCACCCUAUUCCCUAAUAAAGUUUUACCUUUCACCAGAGCCCCAUAGGUCCUGGUCAAAAGUAGUGCGCUUAAUAGGGUGCCAUUUGACAUGAAGCCUCUGUGAUGUAUGCAUUGGAAUGUACAGUACACCUGAUGUACAUUCACAGUGCUGUAUAUGCUGGCAUGUUUAUGCACUACAUACGCCCUGUUGUUUUUGUGUGAUACAUUUCCUUUUUCUAUGGAUGUAUUUUGAUGCGACGGUAAUAUGAGGAAUUUCUAUGCAACUCCCCGGAUGUGUGCCGUAAUUCUGCCGUGUCUAUUCUUACCAAAUAAAUGUACACAGAUGUACAUCUAAAAGAU